AUGGCAGCUACCAGUCCAUACACUGUAAAAUGGGGCAUCAUGGCCACCGGAGGAAUUGCUGCCACCUUCUGCAAAGAUAUCCUCACCAACCCAGAGACUCGAGGUGUCAGUGAUGUUCGCCAUGAGAUCGUCGCUGUCUCAUCCUCCAGCUCAAGCGACAGAGCUGCGGCCUUCAUCAAGGGCAUCAAGGGUCCCAGCACAGCCAAGCUCUAUGGCUCUUACCAUGAGCUCGUCGCUGACCCCAAUGUCGACAUUGUAUAUGUCGCGACCCCUCACAGCCACCACUUCCAGAACGCAAUGCUUGCUCUAGAGGCUGGUAAACAUGUGCUCUGUGAGAAGGCAUUCACAGUCACAGCCUCGCAGGUGAAGAAGCUUGUGGAGAAGGCCAGAGCCAAAAACCUGUUUCUGAUGGAGGCUGUCUGGACUAGAUUCUUCCCCUUGAGCAUCAAAAUCCGAGAGCUAAUCACAAGCGGCGCCAUUGGUACAGUGCACCGCACAAUUGCCGAUCUCAGCUUUAAUUCAAGCCAGCCUGAUGGAAACCUUGAAUUCCCCGACACCAACAGGAUGGUCAAUCUCGACCUAGCUGGAGGAGCUGUGCUUGACCUUGGCAUCUACUCUCUGACCUGGGUGUUCCAGACCCUCUACCAUACGCAACCUGAAGCCCAGAAGGAAGCUCCUCUCGUUACUGCUGCCAGCAACCAAUACCGAACAGGCGCAGAUGAGCAGACCACCAUCAUCUGCCAGUUUCCUCAACACAAAUCCAUGGGUAUCGCCCUCACUGGCCUCCGUGUCGCCACUGACCCCGACGGCCACAACACCGCAGGACCAGCCAUUCGCAUUCAAGGGACAAAGGGUGAGAUCCAGGUUAUGGGACCUGCCUUUAAGCCGGGACAGUACAAGGUUAUCAAGAAGGACGGUGGAGGCAAGGUCGAGGUUGUAGAGUGCGAUUAUCCUAAAGACCCCGCCCGCGAUAACUGGGGUCACGGCAUGUACUGGGAGGCGGAUGAGUGCGCCCGCUGCCUACGUGAUGGAAAGCUACAGAGCGAGAGUAUGCCCUGGUCGGAGAGCAUCACGAUCAUGGAGACGAUGGAAUCGGCGCUGAAGCAGGGUGGCAUUACCUACCCAGACCUUAUCACCACUGAUGUAUAUGAUCCCCAGAGUCCUCUGAACACCGGCAACAGGUAG